CGGAACCGAGUUCCACCUAGAGGCUCCGUGCAAGGCGCGAACGUUUUCCCCCCCAAGACCGAGGGGUUGAACUUGGCCUGAACCCCUGGGGAGGACUCAAGGCACCCGUAGGCGGGACCGGCCCGAGGUGUCCGCGGCCAGCCUGGGACAGCGGUCGGGGGCCAAAGACACCAAGGAAAAGUGGGAGCAGAAGCCCGGGGGUGAGUGCAGGGAGCUCUUCGCAGCUGUUACCCAGGCUCUGGGCUCCGUUUAUUCUGGGGUGGGCUGUAGGGCAAGAGUCCCGGCAGCUCGAAGGCAGCAGCCGAGGCCACUGUCCGUGAAGACUGCUGGAGUCCUCAGCACCUGUCCAGGGCUACGGGAGAGGCGGUGUCAUGGUAAAUGAAGAUCCCAACCCACAGGAGCCCGGCGGCACCCCUGCACAGGAGCCCGGCGGCACCCCUGCGCAGGAGCCCGCACUCCGCGCGGACCGCAGCGCCUCGGGGCACCCCAGCAGUUCGGCCCCCCCCAGUACGCUGGCCCAGCCCAGUGGCUUGGUCCACUCCAGUAGCUUGUACCCUGAGGACCUUAGUGUGAUCAAGGUGAGCAAGCGCCGCUGGGCGGUGGUCCUGCUGUUUAGCUGCUACUCCAUGUGCAACGCCUUCCAGUGGAUCCAGUACGGCUCCAUCAAUAACAUCUUCAUGAAAUUCUACGGCGUCAGUGCCUUUGCCAUCGACUGGCUGUCCAUGUGCUACAUGCUGACCUACAUCCCUCUGCUCGUGCCCGUGGCCUGGCUGCUGGAGAAGUUCGGCCUUCGCACCAUCGCCCUCACCGGAUCGGCUCUCAACUGCCUGGGGGCCUGGGUGAAGCUGGGUAGCCUGAAGCCACAUCUCUUCCCAGUCACCGUGCUGGGCCAGGUCAUCUGUUCUGUGGCCCAGGUCUUCAUCCUGGGCAUGCCCUCCCGCAUCGCUUCUGUCUGGUUCGGGGCCAAUGAGGUGUCAACAGCCUGCGCCAUCGCUGUCUUUGGUAACCAGCUUGGAAUUGCAAUUGGGUUCUUGGUCCCUCCAGUUUUGGUACCCAACAUUGAAGACCAGGACAAGCUUGCCUACCACAUCAGCAUCAUGUUUUACAUAAUAGGAGGCGUGGCCACUCUGCUUUUCAUCCUUGUCAUCAUCGUCUUCAAGGAGAAGCCUAAACAUCCCCCCAGCAGGGCCCAAUCCCUGAGCUAUGCCUUGGCGUCCCCUGAUGCAUCGUACUUAAGUUCCAUUGUCCGGCUCUUCAAAAACCUCAACUUUGUGCUGCUUGUCAUCACCUAUGGUCUGAAUGCUGGUGCUUUUUAUGCCUUGUCGACUCUGCUGAAUCGCAUGGUGAUCAUCCACUACCCGGGGGAAGAGGUGAAUGCUGGAAGAAUUGGCCUGACCAUCGUCAUUGCAGGAAUGCUUGGGGCUGUGAUCUCAGGCAUCUGGCUGGAUAGGUCCAAAACCUACAAGGAGACAACCUUGGUGGUCUACAUCAUGACGGUGAUCGGCAUGGUGGUGUACACAUUGACCCUGGACCUGAAGCGCUUGUGGGUAGUGUUCAUAACUGCUGGCACAAUGGGGUAUUUGGGAUCAUCUUCACCGUCUCCCAGGGGCAAAUUAUUGACAACUAUGGAACCUUGCCCGGGAACAUCUUUCUAUGUGUGUUCCUCACCCUGGGAGCAGUCCUCACUGCAUUCAUUAGGGCAGAUCUCCGGAGGCAGAGAGCAAACAAAGAAAUGCCUGAGAAUAAACUCCAGGAGGGGGAGGAGGAGGAGGAGAGCAGUACCAACAAAGUCCCCUCCGCUGUGUCUGAGGAGCACCUCUGAGAGGAAGAAGGUGGCGGCGACUCAGGGAACACGGACAGUACCCCCCACCUCUUCGGUCAGUGCUCACUGCCAGCACACAGGUCUUCCCUGCAUCAGCUUUUGGAGGGAAGCGGCUGGAAUAUUUGUGGCUUGGACGGCGGUGCCUCUGUCCCCCCCUCCCCCUCUCCACCCCCCGGAACCUACUGAAACGCUCGUGUGGUCUGGUUGGGGACGAUGGCACCUUUUACCAGAUGGACUCUUCAUUCCUGCCUCUCCUCCUUGUAGGGCACAGGAGCCGGGGUUGGGAGAGGCUGGUGGAGGGCGGUGCUGCCCUGACUUCCCCCUUCCCCUCCAUCCUGCAAAGAGAGAGCCUGCAAAAUUAUCACGGAAAAGAGAACUUAUUCAGGAUAUUAACUUUUUCUAGUGUCUUAAGACCCUUAGAAGCCCAGUCCUAAAGAGAGGCAGCUACUCGGGAUGAGGGGGGCUUUGGGGGUCGGCGGACCGGCUGCUAUCGCUCUAUGGGAAGAAGCACCAUCAGAAAAAAGACUGCAUCAGAACAAUCCCGUCAGGACUCGGCCUCGCUUCUCCUGGCCUCGGGUUGGGGUCUGCUUCCAAACCCUUUCCUGAGAGCAGAUCACACGAGACAUCAAUACGCUUGACAGCAGUUUUGCUGUGGCCGUGAAGGAGAAGCCCAUUUGGGAGACAGGACUGCCGAGGCCGGUGAGGGUGCUCGUGAAGGCAGCUGGGAGCUGUGGCAGCCUGAUCUGGGAACGGUUCUUUUCUACACAUAUCUCUGCCCAGGGACUUCUGUGUGGGUCAGAGUCACCUCUGAUGCCUUCAUGUGGACACUAUCUUGGGAAACUCCACCAUCAGCCUCUGCGCUUGCUCUCUCUGAAGGGAGGGAAAUCCCAGCCAACUUCCCGUAGCCUUUACUGAGAGCUAACCUUGAUUCAUUCCACGCUGAGAAGUCCACAGCUGCUUCCGGGAGAUGAGAGGAGAGGGCUGGAAGGAAAGGGGGCCCUUGAAAUGGGGAGUGCUUGAAUUAGAUGCACCUGCCUCUGGGGGGGACGGUACUCUCAUACCUGCCCCCCUUCCUGCCCUCUUUCCUCCAGCAAUCAUCCUUCUAAAACUCAGAUGUGAAUUUUAAGGGAGUCCCUUUAAACCAACUCAAGGUGACUUCCUCUCCUGUCUAGCCUGUUGUCUGGCUCUACUCAUGGGCUUGGGUGGUGUCCCCUGAAAAUAAGACAUUUUAGUAAUUUCUCCUACAUACUGAACAGCUGUGAUCAUGACCAUGGUGCUGUUGGGCUGUGGCCACUGCCCCGGGCUUGGCAAAUGGGAGCAGCCUGGGGCCGUUGGUGGCAGCGCUGGGGUGCCUGGGCCACUGCCUGAGGAGAACCAGGUGUGUGUGUGCGUGUGUGCACAUACGUGCAUGUGCGUGUUUGUGAGUGUACAUUCUGUAUGUUCCAGUUGAUAGAAGAAGUUCACACUUCUGGUGGGGGGAGUGAUGGGGGGGUGGAAGAGAGGUGGAGAGAAAGUGCGUCUUCCUUUUGAUUAGGAGAAAGGUGCUUACUCUUCAGCUCCUUACAACAUUUUAACAGAAUGUUUACCAGAUCCAUUUGUUCAUUUUAAAAACAUACUUUGUAUUUUCUAUUUGUAAUGCCAGAUGUUUUUAAGGCAAUAAAAGAGUCUCCAAGCGG